AUGUUAGGACUGGCACUGGAGCUGCAAGGAGAUGACACUAACAAUGAACUAGCGCUAGAGCGGCAGGAUGCUGCACCGUCUCCGGACAGAGGCGGAGGCGGAGAUGCAAUUUCUGAGGAGGAAAGCGGCGAAGCCAGAGAAACAAAAAGCGAGCCGCAAAGUAAACAUAAACGAAAACGAAAAGUUGCUCAGGCAAAAGCAGCUGCCGCGGACGCACGCAAUGAGAGCAGGAAUGAAAACCCAGAAUCCGAGGCGUACAAAAAGUGCCAGGGCCCCUGCGGAAAACGCAAGCUCAGCGACCAGUUCAACCUGGACCAGGCAAAGUGCAAAGAGUGUUCCUUGAACGUGAGAUCUUUUUGGAAGAAUGCCAAGUCUCAGAAGGUGGACAAAGAAAUGAAAAAUCUAGAGGAGAAGGACCCCAACACUUUCAAGGACAUUUUGAAAGAAUAUUGCCGGGAACGCGCAACAGCUGCGCAGAAUCAUCGAAAAGUCAAAUUCAACAUAACGGAGUACAAAGAAGGGAUUGUCGCGCGAAGCGGUGACCGCAAAGAAGUCAUUAGAGAAAUGAUGUGGGAGGGACAAUGGAUGGAAGCGGCGAAGACUGCCGCGCACGGCUUCUUAACGACGGAAGAGGCCCAGAGCAAGUGGAAACAAUGGGAAGCGGACCCCGCCAUCAAGAAAGAUGAUAAUGGUCCGCGUGGGUUUCAGCGCAUAGCGGUUCCAACCCGCACAGAGCUAGCGGAAUAUGAAGAUGUCGGGAGACAAAGAGAGCUCAUGCAAGCGGAGCGGAUAUCCCGCAAUGCAAAAGCGGAGACGCUGACCGCCCGGGCUGAGAUGGUCCUAUCUGAGGGAAACGAUCCAGAAAAGGAUAGGAUUGGCAACAUGAAUCUAGGUGACAUCCGAGCAAAAGCGCAAAGCAGCGGUGUCGACAUGUCCGAGAUGUGCGCACCACAAAUAGGAGAAAUCGCCGACAGCGCGGCUGCGAAGCGCAGGCGCUCAAGUGUCAGCCAGCGAAAAAAAGGAGAUGAAGACAGUCAAGAGGAUAUGGAUCAGGAAGAAAAGUCUGAGUCAGAAAACGAUAAAUGCCCAGAGAAAGGAAAGAAAGGAAAAGACAAAGAUGAGAAUAACAAAGGAAAGUGGUUUGAUGCGGAAACCAAAUGCCGCAAAGCAGAGCGGGUAUUCCUCGCAAGUAUUGAUUCGUUGCAGAGCAACAUGGAAAAGGUCAUCAAAGAAACUCAAGCGGCUUUGGAGGAAUUCCGCCAAGCUCCAGACAGGGAGGAAUUCCAGGAGGAGAUGCAGAUUUUGGAAAGAUGCGUUGGAAAAAAAUUGAAGGAAGAGUCACAAAAGAAGCGGGAUGCGGAUGAUUCAAAAACGACCUCCCGUGAUGUCAGCGCGCUGCACCGCGCAGGGCCCUGCAGAGAUUUCGAGUUGCUGAAGUCUUUAGAAUAUAUGCGAAGGCAUGCUACCAACUACCGAACCUGCCAGUCCAACGAUGCCAUCAAGAAAGUGACUGAUGAGAGCGCAGAAUGGAAGAAAGUAGCGCUGACGCUGCUGACCGCGGUGAAAGCUGCCAAAACAGACCUGCAGUCAGCCAAAAAAAGGAAAGAUGCGAAUCAAAAAAAAGAAGAGGACAAAGUAGCAAGAGCAGCCAAAGCUGCUGCGAAGAGUCGCGCGGACAAGAUCGCGGCAAAAGGGCGGACUGCGGAAGCCGACACUGCGCAAGGGAAAGUCCGCAAGCGGGUUGCCCCGCAAGGAAUCCAGGGCACAACAGCUGCGGUUGAACGUCUUGGGGCAUUUGGGAAAGUCUUUACUGGAAGUUCCUUGCGGGUAACGGAAGGCCGCGCGCAUGCUGUGUGGAACCAGCACACACCUAAUGCAACAAAGGAGAUGCGGGAACUUGUGGCGCAUAUGCACGUAGCUGCUGCAUUGCCAGUGACUUGGCGGCUACACAGUGAGGCGGAGAAACAACCGCCAAGCGAUGCCUGCUCACCUGCGGAAAACAAGUUAGAUGCCGCCAUGAAGAUAUCCACUUUUGGGCUGGCGGGUUGUACUGUAUCACAUAGCCGCACAGAAGUUGGUUUGCUGCCUUGCUUCCGGUGGGUGCAAGCAGGCACUAUGAUGGUAGCAGUCGGUGUGCCGCAAACAAACUCCGACAUGUUGCAAAAAAUGCAAGACAUCAUGCAAAGCAGCAGCGAGGACAGCAUACAGAAGGUAUGCAGAGAGGAAGUUUUGAGAUUUGCCACCGUGGGUCCAGGGGACCUCCUAUAUAUCCCUCCGGGAGCGGUUGUUUCGCACAAGGUCCAUUCCCAAGAUGUGCUUGGCAUGCGCUUUGGAAUUUUGGCAGAUGAAAUGAAGUCGAGGCUGGAGUCCCUGGUGCAAGCGGUAUCGCAGCAACCUCCAUUGGUAGCGGUGCUCACCGCAGCUGUCACAAGGCUGAAACCUAUUGGAUUCGGGCCUGAAGGAGGAGAAGAAGUUAUGGCCUGCGAUGACGAUGACGCUGAGGAGGCGGGUAACCAAAAGGCUGAAGGGCUCAACCUGUUAAAACCGCCAAAAUCCGCAACCCUGCAAGCGGAAGCCACGGAAGCGUUGCCGGCGGCAUCAGGAGGCGCCUUGAUCGCAGAGGCAGUGGCAGAAGAGCCAAAAGUGCCAAAAGCCCCAGAAGAAGACGUGGAAAAUGGUACCGCCGCAAAGCAAGAAGCUGAUGGCGCCCCAGCUGUUGGCACAGCUGAAGAUACCACAAAGGCAGCGGAAGAAGCCGCGCAAGCAGUGCCAGCGGCAGCGGAAACACCCGCGCCAAUGCAGACAAUAGUCCCUGGAACUCCGGAAAAACAAGAAAGCGAUGCUGCCACUGCCACAGCGGCAUUGCAAGAUCCGGCGCCGGAAGAGCGCAGCACAGAAAACGAAAAGGCUAAUGCUGCCCCAGGUGUUUGCACAGCAAAAGACACGGCCAAUGAGGGUGAAGAAAAGAAAAAGCAAGCAGCGUUGGAAGCGCAGAAAGAAAGCAGCACCAGUACAGAACCCCAAGAGCAAGCGGAAGGAUCCCCCGCAGCGACGCAGCCAGCAAGCUUGGAAGCUUCGAAGGAGGAAAAAAGCGACGCUGUUCCUGCGGAGAAGGUUGUACCCGCCAGUAGCAGUGGCCCACCUUCGAGGCCCCCAUCACAAACUUCCCCAGCGGAGGAGCCGGCAGCCAAGGCCAAAGCCUUGCCCAAGGGCGCGCCCAAACCAGAACCCAAGAGAGGGAAAGACGAGAAAGAGGCUAAAAAAACGAAAAAGACGGAGGCAGGCGAGGGACAGAACCAGGCCAAGAAACAGAAAAGAAGAUAA